AGCAUAUGCUGUCUUUUUCAACAGGGUAACAUGGACUCCAUUAUUGACACCGUGCUGUCGUUUACAUUGUUGACAGCUUCUAUGAGAUGACAUGUUUUGGAUUACGCCUCAGAUAACAGGAUUAGAAUGUUCCACACUCUACAGGGAAUCCUUAAAUAGCUUGUGAGCGUGUCAGCAUGUAAAGUUCACACCACCUGAGCAUAUACCCUACUGGUAUAUACCCCACUCCGGCCGUCAUUAUUUAUGAUCUGAAAGAUUAUCUGUCAUUUGGCAAACAUGGCUGAUGUGCUGAGGAGUCUUAACCUUAUAGAAACCCUUAAGGAAUCCAUAGAGAAGAACAAUAUUUCAGAUAUAAAAGAUGCCGUGGAGGACAUGCUGAUCAGCAGAAUUAACAUCGCAGUCGCAGGUGACAGAAGUGCUGAAAAAGCUGCUUUUAUCAACUCUCUUCGAGGACUCGGCCAAGAAGAUGAAGAAGCGGCUCGUGUUCCAUCUUCUGCUGCCCCGGAGGAACUCGCUGUGUUUCCCAAUCCCAAGCAUCCUGAUUUUCGGCUCUGGGAUGUGCCAUCAAUCCCCAACGAUUCUCAUUUUGAAGCAGAGGAUUAUAUAGAGCGUUACAAAGUUUUGCGCUACAAUGCCAUCAUUUUGACAUUCACAGAGAGUCCAUGUGUGAACAGUGUGGUGCUGUGGAGGGAACUGCGGUAUGUACAAAAGGAGACGGUUUACUUUGUCUCAUUAGCCUCCAUAACCGAUACGGAGAAAACACAGGAAACGAAGAAGAAAGCGAGUCUAGAAGUGCUUAAGGCUGAAGGGGUUCCACUACCAAAGGUGUUCCUUGUUAACCCAUCUGCUUUGGAGAAACUGGACUUUCUAACGUUUUUAGAGGUGAUGCGGGGCGACCUUCCGGAAAUCAGGGCACAUGCUCUUAUUUUGGCGCUGCCCGCUUUCUCCAUCUCUUUGGUCAACCAGAAAAAAGAUGCGUUUAAGGCACUGGUGUGGGCAGCGGCAUCUUUAUCCAGUGGGGUUUCUGCCAUUCCAGUGCCCUUUGUGGCCUCCAUGGUGGACGCUACCGUGGCCGUAAGGAUUUUGUCGAAGGCUCAGAUCUCACUUUGCCUGGACGAUGAUUCUCUGCUGCGAAUGGCAAGGCAGCGGGGUCUUGACCCAUCCAGGCUGAAGGCUCUGAGGUCAUGUGCUCUUUCUAUUGAGGUCAGCAAGAGUGAGGUUAAAAGACGUCUCGCGGAGGCCGAAAAGGAAACCAGUACCGCUAAAGCAAGACUCGUGGAGCUGGCCAUGCCAAGACAAGCUAGGUCCGUUAGUCGAUCUUUUACCGUUAUGCUACAGGCGCUCAACGCUGCUAUUGAUGACAUGGGGGCUGAUGCUGAGAAAGUGAUUGCUAUGGUAACAGAAAGACAGUAGAACACAUUUUGUCAUUGUUGGGGUACAAAUUAUAAUAGCUGGAAUACGCAAAUAUUUGAUUUGUACUUUAUGUUGUACUGCUGCUGCUAUCUCAAAGCGUUUAAAGAUCAGUUCUCCUACAAUGUACUUUUUCUUUAUGGUCUAACACAUAGUGAAAGAGGAUUUUGUCUGCAAACUUUUAGGCUCAUUUCCUUCUUAGCUGCUAUGUGCAAUGCCCAGCUUCAUCUUAAGCAGGCAUGCACGAGGAGCUGCAAAAACACAUGACAAACUACUCAGUGUCAACUGUGAUCUAAACACUGAUAAAGGAGGAGUGUAUCACACCUAACUGGCCAAAAUUCCCAUCGUUGAUUUCAAAACAUCUCAUGUUGUCUCUGAGCACCAUUUUAUU